AUGAUCAAAAUCCGUCUGCUGCUCUUCGGAGCCAUUCUAUUCGCGUCUGCUAUGGCCCGCCCCGAAGUCGACUUCGACAAGUUUAAAGAUAUCAACGAGAAGGUGUUGCAAACUCUGGAUAGAGGAUCCUGCGGCGAGAAGGCUGAGUGAGUUGAAGGUUUCAUGUGUCAUGUUCAAAAAAAAGAAAUCAAGGGAUGUUGAAGACCUAGGGAAUUCCAGAGUGGUCCCUAUAGGGGUUUAGGGUCUGACCCCUUUGCCCCUAAGUGGUAUCUAUAGUGGUCUUUCAACUUGAUUAAUUAUGUAUUUAAUUUUUGGAAUUGCUUCUUCUCAUAGUGUACAUAAACUUCAUCGAUUAGCAUGUCCCAUAUAGGGCUCACUAAUUAAAAACCCUACAGGGGCCACUUUUGCACGCUUUAGUGGCCUCUAUAGGGGUUAGUCAAGUGGUACCUAGAUGGAACCCUCUUGGAAAAGAGGAAGGGUCUUUUUUUCAAUAAAAUAAAAAGGUGAAAAUUCAAAUUUCCAGAAAAGGAGGGAUAGCCAUCAGAAAGGGUCAUUUACCUUGUAAAGGUGAUAAAUUUACCUUUAUCUGGACCCAAAAUGAAGCUUUUCACGUUCUUUGAAGGUCCUUGCAAGUUGAAAGCUUGUGGAAAAACAAAAAUCAUAACGAAAAGUUCUUUUGGUUCAAAAAUGUGCACUUCAGAGUGGGCGAUCAUCUUUAUGUCGAUUAUACCAUUUACGACAGAGCGGGAAAGGAAUUAAGAAGUGGAAAGGAAUUAAGACCAAAGGAUGUUGAAGAGGACGUAAGUGAUGGGAAAGAUUCGUGGGCGUUUUUUAAGCUUAUAAUUAAUUAAUCUUGUCUUUGAACAGCACGUCUUGUUUAAAAGGCAUAGGGGCAGUAAAAAAAAUGGGGUUUCAGGUGAAAACAGUAUCUUAUAUAGUUUUUCUUUGCGAAUCGAAUGGUGUACUCAAAACAAUUAAAGAUAUGACAACUUUAGAAGAAAAACGCGAUUUUACUUUCCCGCCUUUAUUUUUGAAAAAAGCUUUGGACCAGUAUACGAACAAUGUUUACAGUAGCCGUGCAGAAAUAACCGGAUGUCUGCUUCAAAUUAAGGGUUUCUUUUCUGAAAAAAAACGUUCAGUCAAACAAAAAACACACACCGAUAAUAAAGGAAACACAAAAUAACGCUAUCCCAAUCGAAACCGAUGUAAAAUCAUCAUUUUUCACCAAAGAAGCAUUUUUGCGAUCAAAGUUUGCAAAUUAUACAAGAAGAGAAUGCUUUUGUGACGAAAAGAACUUUGGUGACAACAGAAAAAAUUGAAAAAUAAAAGAAACGAAGAAAAAAGCGAAAAUCCGGAAGAUGGGAAAGCCUGUUGUCCAUAGAGCAACUUUACUGCAAAGUGCCCUUUUUGCGGGAACUCAAACUUUCCUCUCUCCGACUUUGAAAUAUUUUUUCUUCAAAACUAGGAAGUUCGGUACGUUUUCAAGUUGACCGUUCUAUUCGCAAUGAAAAAAACUCUACAAAUCCACACGUUCUUAGGGAACUACAGAGCGGUCCCUAUAUGGGCAACCUUAAAGGCUCUUGGAGGAUUCCCCUCUAAGGACCACUUUACCAACCCCUAUAAGGACCAUUAAAGCUUGCAAAGCGGUCCCUAUAGGGAACAUGCUAGUCGAUAAUUUUUAUGAACUCUUGACGAAGAAGCAUUUCCAUGGGAAAAACUGAGCAAAUAAGCGGUUUUUGAAUAAAAUUGAGGACCACCUUACCUUUGCCCCUAUAGGGACCACUUUUUCGGCCCUUAUUGAGGUUUUUUUUUCGGCAAACCCCUGAAGGGUCUACUCUCGAAUUCCUGAGCUCCAAAAAAAUAAAUAAAUAAACUCAUUCAAAGAAAGAGACGCCAUGGAAUUUCCAAAAAAAGCACGAUCAAUUUUUCCGGAAUUUUUUUAUAAAAAAAUUUUCAGGGACCUGUUGGCAUAUGUGUUGGCGGUUGGAUAGUAUUUGCUUUCCCGGGAGAAGGUUUUGAGCUUUUGAAAUUUUUUUGAAAAAAAGGAUUGAUACGAAUAUAAAAAAAUGGUUUACGGUCGGAAAAAUCGUCUUUUUAUCAACAAACGGAGCCCAAAAGGACCACUUAAGUGGAAAAAGUCGAGAGUGUUUGGCCUCAAAAACUGGGUCAUCAUGGGAAGGCAAUCUUUUAAUCAAUAAUAAUUUUCCACUAAAAGGAUCACUUAUAAACCUUUAUGAUAAAAGGAGCCCCACAAGUGAUCAUUUUAGUGGAAAAAGUCGGAAUUUUCGGCCUUGAAGGCGAAAAACAGCUUCGAACCAUAGGUGCAGGGCUUAUCCAAACAUUUCAUCGGAAUAAUUAUUUUAAAAAGGAUCCAUAAAUUUACUGGAUCUUACCAAAAUGUUGAAAUUUCCAGACAAGGUCUAUCUGUAUGAAAUCACGAGCAUCGAAACGAAAGAUGGCAAGAAAAAGAAGGGCAACGCUCAUUCUUUCAUUCUUUUUGCUUUUGCCGUCGCAUUUUUCGCUUUUUAUGACUCGUAUCGAUUUUUGGAAUGA